AUUGGCAAAUCCCGAGCUGGAAUUAGCAAAAUGAAGAAAUUUUUCACGUUUUUAAUGCCAUCUUUACUACUACUUUUUGGAUUAUCGUCUGCCGUGGAUCUCCUGAGAAACCCCGGACCGUUUUUAAAGCUCGCUAAUUCAGCCGAAAAAAGCAUAAACUACACUUUGAUUUCUUCACCGCAGUGUAGAGAGGAUAUCCGAUUUUGGAUGCGUUCUAUAGACAACUUCAACGGAGCAUUUGCAAUCAACUGCACUGAUGAUGAUAAGGAUUGCCUAUUCUACAAGCAGUAUUUAGUUCAUAAACAUCUUUUCGCCAUGAAACGUAUCAUAUUUUUUUAUUUUAUAACAUAUAUCAUUCUUUUAACAGCUGCACAGGUUUUAAAAACCUCUUUACAAAAAAAUUUAGAAGUUGACGCAUUUGGAAGAAUUCCAUCAGCAGUGCUUAGCAUGAAAAGGUAUUUUAUGGGGUCGUGGGAUGAAUGCAUUGGGCUUCAAACGGACCAAAACCCUGACUAUAAAGCAAAAUUUUGCUAUAUUUUUGUCGGAAUGGAAGUGUCAGUAAAUUCGGGAUUUUUUUCUGGAAUUAAGGUAACCUAA